AUGCCCAGUCGAACAGCUUCGUUAGGUUUGUUGAAAAAAUGUGAAUACGUGGCCCCGGGCCAGAUUGGCGUAUGUCGGCGAACGAUGCUUAACCGCGAAACACUGCAAAGACCAAAAACAGGACAAGUUUGCACACGCGGUCGUCCAAAACAACCGAAAGGAUUCACAUAUGGCAUGGUUUAUCAACGCAAUCCCUACGAAAUUUAUCAGUGUUUUAAUUGGCCAACGACAAAGGAAGGUGAUCAUAUAGAUCCGAAUUGUCUUCCACGUGACUUUCAUCGUAUCAAUGUGGAAUCGGUGAAAGAGGGCAUACAUCCCGUGCCAAAGUGGAUUCAGUUUGCCAAAGAGAAAAAUUACCGCAUGAAUCCGACUCAGCGUGUGUUGGGACGACUGCGUAAACCAAAGUUUCCUGAUGAUAUGACAUUCGGUUUGUUGGCCAGACCUUCCACACCGAUGAAUUGCAUCAUGUCACACCAAUAUAAGGCGAUAUGGGAUAAAUCUGCUCUAGAGUGA